AUGCCUGAGUCGCAGACGACCCCGGAGCAGGUCUCCAUCGAUGACCUAACCCCCGAGGAGGCCAACCGCAUCAUCCACUCUCAUCGCAAGGUCCGAUAUGGCACAGCAUGCUGGCCGUGUCGCCAGCGUAAGGUGAAGUGCGACAACAAGCAGCCCUGCGAGAACUGCGUCAAGCGCGAACACCCGCAGCUCUGCUCCUACAAGCCGAACCGCACCGCCUCCCAUGGCACCAUCCACCACAAGCCCACCGGUUCCGUUACGACGACCACCGACGGCGCCAGCAGCGUCGCCGGUGCCGCCGCCGGCGUCGUGGGCAACGGUCCGUCGUCCGCGUCUGCUAACCACCGCAAGAGGCCUCACUCGCCCGAGGACCCCGUCGCCGACGCCGCCGCGGGCGCGCCGCCCUUGAAACAGGAACCCAGCAGCGCCACCUGGCCGCGUGCCGCCAUCGUCGCCGCCGGCGUGGACGAGACGGAGGCCCCCGAGGCCGUCACGCGGUACCUCGGUCAGAACAGCAUCCCCUCCCUCCUCCGCGAGCAAUCGGCUGCGAACGAGCUCCAGGAGGGUAUCGACAUCCGCCAAGACAUGCGCUCCAUCCUCGGCCUCGACACUUCGGCGCCCUUCCCGCUCAUGUCGUCCAAACACCUCGACAGCCUGACGAGGGAGAUCUCCGCUGAGCUGCCCUCAGAUCGGGAGGUCAUGAAGCUCUUCCGCACCUAUAAGGAGACGCCGCAGCAGUUCUGGGGCUUCGUCGUCGACAUCGACGACCUCGAGUCCAAGCUUAUGGUCUACCUCGAGGACCGCGCCCGCAACGCCAGCAACGCGACGAGGACGCCCAAACCCGUCUCGGCCUCGUGGCUCGCCAUCCUCUUCGCCCUGCUGGCCGUCGGUUCGCAGUACCACGACUCGCCGUAUCACAUCCGCACGCGGGAUUCGCAAAAGUACAUCCAGAUAUCCUUCCAUUUCUUGAGGCUAGGCAACUUUUUGCUGAGACCCACUUUCGACUCCAUCCAGGCUCUCCUGCUAACCAGCUUUGUCCUGCUCAACGACAUGAAGGCCGAGGCCUCGUGGGCGCUUCUCGGCCUGACGUGUAGGCUGGCCCAGUCGCUCGGCCUGCACCGCCCGAACCCUUCGGACGGGAGAGACAGCGCCCGGAACGACGGGCAGUCCAAGGAGAUGAUCCGCCGCAAGCUGUGGUGGACGUGUGUGUGGCACGAUACCCUCACAUCGCUGUCUUUCGACCGGUGA